GAUAGCAGACCUGAAAAUAAACAGUAGGUACUAGUAAUUUGAUUCAGUCAACGGUUGAGGUUCUUUCCCUCAAGGACUGAAUUGCUUUGUUUCCCAGAGUUCUCUGUUUCCGCCUCUCAUGUUUAAGUUUGGGUUCAGGACACUGGAGCUCCCAUUGUCCCAAACCCAGACAGUGGAGUCGUAAUGAAGAUUUAAAGAAUGAGCUGCUGGCAAGCUGCUAUGUUUGGUUUAGACAUGUCACUGUCCUCUAACUGCUCUUACGUUUUAAUUCCAAUCUGAGACUGACAUUAGACUUCCUAACCAAAUAUUCAGUGUAAUCCAAUGAUGAAUAUGAAAAGAACAUUUGCCAAACUGAGAUUACAGGAUUUUGGACUGGUGUGGCAAGGGUUCAUCAACACCAUCAUGUCUAUCCACAGAGAAGCGUGAUUAAUUAAUGUAAUUAACACUUUGAAGCCCCAAAAUGAGAGCACCAUUUUGCAUAAUAGGUGCCACUUUAGUAAAGAUAAAAACCAGAGGCUGUGGAUUGACCCACCAUCUUCCCAUCCCCCAUAACACUACUCACAAUGCUGGCUCGUCUCCAAUACACAAUGGGAAUUGUAGCUCUAGAGAGUCAUGCUGUUGUCUUUAGACACAUGCACCUACAAGCAGGAUUUAAUCUUCUAACUUAUUACAGGAUAAAGAGGAAAUUCCUCAUGGAAGCUCUAUUUUGCUUUGUUUUUCCCCCUCAUGGCAAAUGUUGUGAAUCACAUGAAAUUUGUGAAUAAUUACCUAAAUACUAUUAUAACUGAUAUUUGAAGCACCAAAAAAACUGUAACGAAUUUCUGUAUCCCCGGUGUGUCCCCCUAUAAAUGCAUUAUGUGUAAUGAGAAAGAAUAUAAUUUGGACUUUAUGAGCUCACUGGAUAUCUACUGUACUUUCAGUCAUGGUUGCAAACUGGCAAAACUUACAAACUCGUGCACUAUAUAGUCAGUAGUGAAUAGGGUGCAGUGUUCAGGCUGUCAGUUGAGGUAGGCCUCAUGGACAUGACGUCAUCCAAAGAGCGGUAUCGGGUUCCCACCGCAGCUGUUUCUUGUUACCUUGGAAACUCGGCUGCGUCUUCCGAACUACAAAAUCACCAAUGGAGGGAUUCGGGUCAUACUAUGUCUUUAAUGGGGGUGUCCAAAAAUUCGGGGCUCUUAAAGUUGAACAAUUUUUUUCUCUACUCACUAAUAUAUUGUAAUGAUUGAUAUAGAAAUGUCUCAUUGUGAUGAAAGAAACUCAUUCUGGUAUAGGCAGUAAAGGCGCUUCACUGUAACGGUCCACAUUUCCACCUAAAUAAUGUUUCCCGUAAUGGUACACUCCCUGCAGGAACUGAACCGAACUUUUCAUAGCUGGUGGAUUUCAAGGAAAGAUGAUAACUAUAACUCUGCAGUGUUUUGUAUGAGUUUAUAAUAUAAGUUAAAUAAACAAACAAAUAAAUAAACAGUGUUGAUUUAUUUAAAACGUCUGCAGCGUCUUGACGGGAGGUCUCAGCCUGAAAAGGGGAACCUCAGGAUUACAAGCUCUGGGGGAUUGUAUGGGACAGCUUGCAUGUGUGCGUGUAUGAGAGAAGAUUGAGUCCCUGUUUUGCCGGCUUGAGCAUUGACUUUACCAACUGCACUCACUCUGGGUCACUCUUCAGACUGAUGUGGAAUGCGACUUCUGGUGACCCCCUUCAACAAGUCUUCUUUCAGUGAGCAGCACUGGGAAGAGCAAGGAUAAAAGACAGGAGGUGACACAAAAAAAGAGUGAGCAACAACAGCAGGAGCAGAUCACACGAGUCAGGACAAAAGGAACGUGCAAGAAAAUCGUCAAUACAAAAGACUUUUCUAGGGAGCUGGAAGUUUGGAAACACUAAGGGGUACGGACCAUUAGCCUCUGUUUCACCCUUCCUUGAAUUGCUCCCUUUAUCACAUUCACUGAUCUAAACCCAUCAUGCCUGUGGAGACCCUUCAUCCCUCAGAUGGUCGUCUGUCUGGAAAGCCUUUUACCUCAGCCAUGCCGCUCCGAAUCCUAAACAAGGGCCCAGACUAUUUCCGCAGGGUUCUUGAGCCUGGUGUACGCAAGCUGAGCGCUGUCGAGCGUCUGGAGGCCGAUAAGGCCAAGUAUGUGAAGAGCCAGCAGGUGGCUCUCACCAGGCAGGAGCCCAUCAAGCCCCCAGUCAUUCGCAAGCCACUGAUGUCUCCGGCUAUGAUGCUGCACACACCGCCGGCCAGGAAAGUCCCCCGCAGACCCUCAGACACCGAAAACGGGGGACAGGGGCCAUGCAGGGUAACGCCGCUCAACCUGGAUGUCCUUAACAAUCUUAUAAACAUCUCUGAUGGGUCCCAACCCUCAUCCCCUGCUCCUAACUCUCCCUCUCCCUCAGCCAUGUCUGGGCAGUCAGCAGAACCUCAGCAGAGUUGUGGCUUUAAUGGGCAUGUUCUGUUGAAGCCUGUUUCUUCCUGCACUUCCUCUUCUCUCAACAGUCACAUCCAGCCUUCUUCUCUUGCUUCUCCUACUCCCGAGCCGAGCCACAGACCUCCACCUGUGCCAGCCCGAGUUUCUAGACUCCCGGCACAGGGCAAGUACAGCAGCCCAAACCCUGUGACAGUGCGGCGGGUCGAUGUGCGGCCACAAGCGGAGAUCAGGAAGCCCCAGAGGAUGCCUCUACAGCCUCAGUCCAAACCUCUACAGCUGCCGCCUAAACCCAGACAGACACCACAGCCCCAGGCCCCACCCCCACACACACCAUCCUUUAAAUCCCCAUCUCUUCCCUCACACUCUCCAUCGCCCCCCUGCCUACCCUCCAGCCCCCUGUUGCUUCGAGCAGGCAUGUUACCCCCAGCCUCACCAGCCUGCACCCGCUUAUCCUCUGCAAGCUCACGGGGCUCAACACGGAGACGCCCCUCACUUCACCGCUCCAAAUCAGACCUGAGCGACCGGUAUGCACGUGCCAACGCUGACCUAGAGCGCUUCUUCAAUUACUGUGGCUUAGAACCAAGCGAAUUGGAGGGUAUGGGCAUGGAGCAUUUUGGACGUGCCAAUUCUGAUAUCGUCUCUAUUUCAAAGCUCCGCAGCGUCAGCACACCCAGCUCCGAGUGUGGAGAUGAAGGCCAUGCUUACAGGGAGGAGGAAUAUGAUGAAGACGACGAUGGCCCUCCAAGGCCCAGUGAACGUGCUCCCUACGGCAUCUCGGUCAUCGAGAGGAACGCACGUGUCAUCAAGUGGCUCUACGGGAUCAGACAGGCUCGGGACUCUCAAAUUGUUUCCAAUGUAUAGGUGCCUCACUGAAACACCAAAACACUGGUGAGAAGGAAAAUAAUGGGGACAGAUCCAGAUCAAACAUGCCCCAGUUUAAUGAUGUCUUUUUACAUGCAAUAUAUUUAUUAUGUUUUUUGAGACUCUUGAAGAAGAUAUUUUGUGUUGUAUAUUUGUGAUCAGUAUGGCGUAUUCUUUAUUUGCCUUACAGUAAGCUCAAGGAUAUUGGUUACUAUACAUUUCGUUUGUGUUACAUCAUUAUAGAUAUUUUGUCACCGCAGCCUUUUUUUUUUGUUUCUUUUGGCAAUGUAAUUUAGGCUGUAAUGAUUUACCUCAAAGGGACAGAAGACUGGAGCAAGCUUUAGCUUCUCUGCACAUUGACUUAGAAAGUGAAAGUCAUUUAAAGCAAUAAUUAAAGUACUGGAUACUAAGAGCCAUGAGUGUGACUGAAUGGAUGAUGACAUUUGUGAUGAACACAGCAAUAGGCCAGCUAUAAUGUUGAUAAUCAGGUACUUAGUCUUUAUAUCAUAUUCAGUAUUUUUAAAAAAAUCAGAUAUGCAUUGAUAUGGGAACUGUGGCUUCCAAUAUGCCAAGAGAAGAAUAGUAAGGGCUUAGUUAUGAUAAACCAGGUACAGUUCGAGGAAGUGAGUGCAGCUUUCUGAGAGGCUGCAGUCCCCCAGUCACAGAUAGAAAGGUUGAAGUACACCACAUCUUGGACUAGGAGGCAAGGUCUAGUCAGCCUACAUUACAUUAAGAUGUACACACACACACACACACACACACACACACACACACACACACUGAUACACAUAGAUGCAUGCACUCAAAGGAUCAUUAACACACUGACUACUGGUCACUGUGCAAGAGUUGUUCUGUCAGCGUCAAGUGUGAAUGUGUUGAAGAGACAAAACAAGUGUGUGGAGAUAUGGCACUAGUGAAGCGCAAGUCUCGAUGAUACUGUGAAGGAACUCCGAGCAGCUUUCAACGUCUUUUAAAACAUGGCUGUGAUUUUUGUCAGCAUGUACGAGCUUCCGUUAGCAUGCAUGCUUCUAUGUACAGGUGAUAUAGCAAAGCACAGAUGCAAGCGAAAAACAUUCCAGCAUUAAUGUUCAAAAACUGAGUUUUGUGGUUUGAUUUUAUUCUGUUUUAUUUUCUGUGUUCACGCAGCAUUAUUUCUUCCUGUCCAGGUUUAUAUCAUUUGGGAAAGAACGUUGUCAUGUGUCAGAUGGAUGCAGGAGGUUGAUGGGAAAUAGCCUGAGAGAGCAGGAGUCAGUUUGUCAGAACUCUCAGAUAUAAGAACACGCUCGCAUCUCUUUUCUGCAGAGAUGAACGGUUGAAACAGAAAUGUUACUUGUAGUAAUGCAAAAUGACUUGAUCUGUGGACAGAGCUGUUUUUCCACUUUUUCUUUUUGCAGUUUUUUCAUUUCAGUUUUUCACCAACAGUCUGAUGUUACAACACAGCAAGCAUUCAGGGUUUGCUUGCUUUUUUAGUAUGCAGUUUAACAUUUGUAUAUGCAUAUUUUCAAAAGUGAAAGACUUACACACAUGCUAAUAAUACCUGUGUAGAAAUCACGUCAAUAAAUAUGCUUAGCCAUGAUCUCUGGGCAAUGAAUUAUGACCAGGGUUGUGUGGUCAGCCUACUAGUGCUUUCAGCACUGACUCAUUAAAGACUGAAUUUCUGAUGUCUUCUAAUGAUGCUAAUAAAGAGAAAAUGUUUUGGAAGAAUAUGUAUGUGCAUUUACUCCAUCUUUAAAUUCAGUUUACAUUUCAUGAACCCUUAUAACCCU